AUGAAUGCUGCAAUCAACCCCGAGCCAGUUUGGGACCUUCGCGAUCUACCCGAUCUACCAGCUGCGUCAGAGUUGGGUUGGUCUGGUAGCAUACAGACCGCUCAUCAUCUCAUCGCAAGCACCUUCCAACUUGCGAUAAAGCUACUUCGGCAGGAGGACAGUACCACCGUUCAGUUACGGAUGCUGAGCCAGCGCCUCGCGGAGGACAUUGUACCUCUACUCAUGGCUCUCGUCGAUGAAAUUGGCAGCCAUGAAUGGGCCGAGGGCUGUGCCCAUGCCAUCGGAGGCGUUGUCUUGAGGUUGAAGGAUGCGGCAGAUAGGGUACAGAAGAUCGAGACUGCAAACGUGCAUACAAUCACUCCGGUCAAACUUGUCCGCCUAGCCGCUACAGGGCGUCCGCGAAAGGAGAUUGAUCUUUCCUUCCUUCGCAAUGCAACUUCCCCUGCACGUAAGAUCACGCAUGCAGAGCUUGCAGCCGCGCUUGGCAUGAGCCGGCAAACAUUUUACGCUCGCCGUCGCGAGGCUCGGUUACCGCCUCGAUACGCUGAUCUGUCAGACGACGAGCUUGAUACGCUUGUGAAGCUCUACAAGCUUGUCAAACCCAACGCUGGCCGGAACUUCACGGACGCGUUUCUUCGCCGCCAUGGUUUCCGCGUGCAGAUGAACCGCAUACGUGGCUCCCUCCGACGUGUUGAUCCGAUUGGCCAGAAGCUACGAGAGCAUAUCACGGUCAAGCGUCGUGAAUACCACGUACCGGGCCCGAAUCACCUCUGGCAUGCCGAUGGGCAUCAUAAGUUGAUCCGCUGGGGGAUCGUAAUACACGGGUUUAUUGACGGAUACUCUCGCACUGUCACUGGGCUUCGUGCUGGCAAUAGCAACUCCGCAAGCACGGUGCUGAAAGUCUUCAAAGAAGCAACUGACCAGUACGGUAUUCCGUCUCGGGUCCGUGGUGAUCGCGGAGGCGAGAAUCGUGACGUUGCAAUUGUCAUGAUUCUUGUCCAAGGACCUGAUCGAGCAAGCUUUCUCUGGGGCACAUCAACAAACAAUCAGCGCAUUGAGCGACUCUGGCUCGAUUUAGGAAUACAGACCAUUCGUCAGUGGCGCGCAUUCUUCAUGCGACUUGAACGCCUGCACCAUUUGGACGUCAAGAAUCAAGCACAUCUCUGGCUGCUGCACAAACUGUUCUUACCUCUCAUUGAUCAGCAGUGUCAGUCUUUCAAAGCAGACUGGAAUGCCCACAGUGUGUCGACAGAGAGCAAUCGAACACCAGACGACAUGCGCCUUCUCGCGAGGUUACGGCAAGGCAUCUAUUGUCGGCAUGGAGACGACGCCGCACCGGCUGAUUCAUUGAACGGCAUCUCACCUCCUGUUCGGGUCGGUGAUGCGUUUACGGAGGACAACAUUCAAGAGCUGCAGAGAUCACUGGGAUUUGAGGAACAUCCCUUGGCGCCUGAUGCACCGUCAAAGUCCUCACUCUCUGUAGCUACAGCCGAAGAAUCGAGUGAGGAUGAAGAUUGGCCUGAUGACCAGAGCGACAUUGACCGACUUGCGCGCUCGAUCGCCGAGAACAUGGAAGCGAGCAUCCGACACAAGCCCGUACACGUUCCUCGCUUUUCAAAUCCAUUUGCCGGUGAUCCUGACCGCGAAGCCCACUUUUGGGAAGGCGUCGACACGCUGCGGAGUGCGGAGACUAUACCUGAUGGGUUUAACCUUCUCCCCGAAGAGCUGCAGACCGGCUACCCUGAGUUCGAGGACAUUCCCGUUGGGCGGCGUAAACUGCGCACACAGCGCAUCCACCUCCCGUCCCAAGUAUGGUUCAACCGAGCUGCCCAUUGGUCACAAGCUCUAGCUCUCUUGACAGUUGAUACUACACUCUAG